GGAGGAGGGCUGGAACCUCCUAUGAGACCAAGAGCACUGAGACCUGCUGCUUAAGCUGCCACACGUGACAACAGCUUGAAGUCAACUCAAAGUCAACAACAGAAAAAAAAAAAAAAAAGAAAGAAAUCAAUGUUGCGGCAGCUCCCUCCUUUAGAUUGUUUUGCUUGCACCUGCUGCAUGCGGCUGGCUGAGCAGAAGGCAGCAGCAGCUCUGAAACACUCUGAUGAGAACAGUGGGAAAGGGAAGAGACGAGCACGACAUCCCCUUCGCGGAAGCGUGCAUUCUGCAGUCCAUCCCAAGAAUCUUUCCAGCAAGGAAGCAGCACUGCUGUAUCUGACAUGUCUCUAACACAGGAACCUCUGGUAGUUUGAAGGCAAAAAAAAAAAAAAAAGCCCAAGGAAGAAACCUACAAGGACAUCAGGAAAGGGAGAUGGCUACAUAAAGGGCUCUUUGAAAAUAAUCCAUUCUGGACAGCUCCAUUUGGGUGAAGGUGCCUUUAUAAAGAUUCCCUCUUUGCACAGAUAAAAGGAGCCAGCAAGGAGUAUCCUGGAUAAUUCUUCAGGGGACCUUUUUGUCAUUGUUUGCAUUUUUUCCCUCAUACAUCGCUAUGUGCUGACCUUUUCCAAUGGAAUUUGAAUCCCCUGCUACUCCACCCACAGUUCCAGCUGAGAGGAAGAGCUCUUUCCUCCCCACCCCCCCAUCACAACUCCUUCUUUCCUCCUGCAGACACUUCUAUUUGAAUAGAAGAUAUAUCUUUUCGCUGACAUUCUUUUGUUGUGACAGGGCAUAACAGUUGUCUCACCUCAGGAAAUAAAGGAAAAAGAGCAAAGGAAUUAGAAAGACGGAAAGAAAUUGUCCCCAGAGGAGAACUGAAGCAGGAAAGAUAACAUUAAAAAUAUUAAAACUCUACAAAGAUCUAGAAGAUCCCAAAUCUUCAAGCUUUAGAAGAAAAAUGUACUAUAAAAAGCUCCCAAAGAGCCCAUAACAAUGAACAGUCAUGGUGUUUCAUCUGGCUGCAGCUUUUAAAAGAAAGCUUUGAGGGUGAAACUGGGGCCCUGGCCUAUAUGAUGCCUGAAGAUAAAAAUGCUGGGGUCCGCACAUCAGGUGCCUUAGCAUCAGCUCCUUUCAUUCCUAAAACUACCUAUAGGAGAAUUAAACGGUGUUUUAGUUUUCGAAAAGGACUCUGCGAAGAAGCCUAUAACAGUCACGUGCUGGUUCUAAGAAGCAUGUCUGAAAGGGGGAAUGAAAAUAAAGGGCCAAAUUCUCAUCUCCAUUCAGAGUGGCAAUAAAUGGCCUUGCACAAGGGCUGAUCUCUACUUUGCUCCUCCAAUAGGAUGAAGUUGAAGUUGCAAGGUAUUUUUGGACAGAAGCUGGAAGACACGGUACAAUAUGAGAAGAGGUAUGGGAACCGUCUGGCUCCCAUGUUGGUGGAGCAAUGUGUGGAUUUUAUCCGACUGCAGGGCCUGAAAGAAGAAGGACUUUUUAGACUUCCAGGCCAGGCUAACCUUGUCAAAGAGUUACAGGAUGCAUUUGACUGUGGAGAGAAGCCAUCAUUUGACAGCAAUACAGAUGUGCACACAGUGGCAUCACUGCUCAAGCUGUAUCUAAGAGAACUCCCAGAACCAGUUAUUCCCUAUGCAAAACAUGAGGAUUUUCUUUCCUGUGCCAAGCUGCUCAGCAAGGAGGAGGAAAUGCACCCAGCCAACAACUAUUUAUGGUAUCAUGAUCAUGUUUCCAUCCUGAAUUACACUGAAAUCAAACAACCUGGAACAAUGCCAAAGGCUCGGCUGAACCAAAAUGCACUGGGGCUGAAGGAAUUAGUGAAGCAAGUACAGAGUCUUCCACCUGUUAAUUUCAAUUUGCUGAAGUACAUCUGUAGAUUCCUGGAUGAAGUCCAAUCGUAUUCUGGUGUAAACAAAAUGAGUGUGCAAAAUCUAGCAACUGUCUUUGGUCCCAACAUCCUGCGCCCAAAAGUAGAAAAUCCUCUGACCAUCAUGGAGGGUACUGUAUUGGUCCAGCAACUAAUGUCAGUGAUGAUAAGCAAACAUGAAGAGCUGUUUCCCAAGGAUGCAGACCUUCAGACAAGGCAGGAGGUAUGCAACAACAACAAUGAGAUUCCGAAGAAAAUAAUCAUUGGUCAACUGCAGAACAAGGAGAACAAUAACACCAAGGAAACAGCACUGAGGCACUGUUCUUGGGACAAACCAGAGUCUCCCCAGAGGGGAAGCAUGAAUAAUGGGUCUCCCAUAGCUCUGCCAGGGAGCAAAUCAAAUAGCCCAAGAAACAGCAUUCAGAAACUUGAUGUCACAAAAAGCCCACCUCUCACGGUAAAAAAAAAUCCAGCCUUUAAUAAAGGCAGUGGCAUAGUCACCAAUGGGUCCUUCAGCAGCUCUGUGGAAGGCCACGAGAAGACCCAGACCUUACCAAUUUGUAAGCUGCAGGCCAGGAGGACAUCAUUCUUAAAAGGACCAGUUACUAAACUGGGCAUGCACAGUGUGCAGGAUGGAGGAGUGCGCAUGGGCAUUUCCAGCACAGAUGGGCACAGCAAUACUCUGAACAGCUGGACUGCAACCUGGAUGCCCAGUGGGUAUGUCACUCUUAGGGACAACAAGCAAAAGGAGUCAGUGAGUGACUCUGGGCAGCACAAUAGACUCUCCACCUAUGACAAUGUCCACCAGCAGUUCUCCAUUGUGAACUCCGAUGAUAAGCAGAGCAUAGAUAGCGCCACUUGGUCCACAUCCUCUUGUGAAAUAUCCCUUCCUGAGCACUCCAACUCUUGUCGAACAUCUACCACCACCUGCCCUGAACACAACUUUUAUGGGGGUAAUUUCAAAGACUCAGUGCUAGAUGGACCACGACAAGAAGACCUCUCCAACCAAGGAGACUUUGAAAGUAAAAGAAGCGUUGACAGAAGAAGCGUAGGGGGACACAGCAGCCAGGCUACCAGCAGCAGUGAGAAUAGUGAAACGUUUGUAGUGAACAGUACCAACAAUCACAGUGCUCUGCACAGCCUUGUGUCCAGCUUAAAGCAGGAGAUAGCAAAACAAAAGCUUGAGUAUGAAAUGAGGAUAAAGAGCUUGGAACAGAGAAAUCUCACCCUGGAGACAGAAAUGAUGACCCUUCUCGAAGAGCUGGAUCAAGAGAGGAAAAAAUUUACAAUGGUAGAAAUCAAAAUGCGCAAUGCCGAACGGGCAAAAGAUGAUGCAGAGAAGAGGAAUGAUAUGCUACAAAAAGAGAUGGAGCAGUUUUUCUCAACAUUCGGAGAACUGGCUAUGGAGCCUUGCAGACCAGAGACAGGCAACACUGUAUGGAUCCAAUAAGCAUUCAUAAUCAAAACUUUGGAAAUUUGGGAAGCAUUAGCUGGGUAUUAGACAGCAUCAGGUGGCUGGUCACCUGACUGAGGCUAGCACUCAACAUAAGGUUGUAAACCCUUGAAGGAAGAAACCAAACAGAAAUUAACUACCCCAUGUCUGCAACGUGUACUUUCAAGUUAUAUUCUUUAAAUGCUUCAUGAUGCUACUGUCAAGUGUUACAACUGGAUGCGUGUAUAUAGAUUUAAAAAAUCAUCCUAAAGAGAGCGAGAAAUGCAGCUCAAGAGAUAUUUUAAUGCAAGGCUUGUAUUUAAAUUGGUACACUGAAAUGUUGCAAUCAAGCUUUAUAUCAAGGCACUUAACAUAAUAAAGUAUUUUUGGCAUUGUGUU